AUGGUGUCUUUCAGGACCAGAGCCACCACCAUGAACGGAACCGCAUGUACGGCUGCGGCGGAAAUGAGCAUCUACGAUCUGCUGGGGAUACCGGAGUCGGUGAGCCUGAGAGAUAUUAAGAUGGCGUACAAGCAGCUGGCGAGAAAGUACUACCCGGACGUCUCGCCGCCCGAUCGGGUCGAGGAGUAUACCCAGAGGUUCAUUCGGGUCCAGAAGGCUUACGAGACGCUGUCGGAUCCCUGA